GUGAGCGUCAUGUAGUGGUAUGAACCACUGAUACACUUGACUUCUCAUGAAACAAACUACUCUAAUUAUUCAAGUAAAUGAGGAAGGAAACAAGUGAAUCUGCGUUCCAUUUCAGUGCAAACAACUGAACAGACGAGAGCUUUCUGGAAGAAAGGGGUGAUGCAGCCAUGCUGAUUAGAAAAAUGCACUUUUCACUAGCGCUAAUUCUCGUGUUUAUGGCAGGAGUUCAGGCUCAGCACAGUGUAACUUUCUCCUCUCAGAGUCUCUGUGUUUUUAUUGGAUCUACAGUAAAAAUCCCCUGUACAUUUACACCUGAUCACUACGGAAUCACAGAGAGACAAUGGUAUCGAGUCCAGAGCUCUGAAGGAGAACCACAAGACCUGAGAAAAGAUCCAGAAUAUUCAGGGCAUGUGUAUGUAAAGCCCGGGGAGACUGACUGUAGUCUGACAGUGAGUAAUGUGAGAGUGAGUGACUCUGGAGUUUAUUACCUUAGAUAUAAAACAUGGGGCAGUUACUGGAUAUCAGCUUCAUCUGGAGUUCAACUGACUGUUACAGACUUGCAGGUGAAGGUGGAUCCUUACACUGUAGGACAGAGAGAAAGGAAAGUGACCUGUAGCUCCACCUGCAGACUCAACACACAUGGUUUCCUCUGGUACAGGAAUGGCCAAUACCACAAAUACACAAAAGACUCCAUUGUACUUGACUCCAUCAGUCUAUCUGAUGAAGGCAGCUACUCCUGUAAGGUGUAUGAGAGUGAACACCGCUCUCCUCCAGUGUGUGUACUGGGUAAACAGUGUUGGGGUGUGACUUACACUGCUGAACGUGUGUGUGCUCUAAAAAACACAUCAGUUGAUCUUUCCUGCUCUUAUAAAUAUCCUGCAGGCCUCACAGUAAUAAAAUCAGUGUGGUUCUUUAAAAAUGUUGAUAAUGAGCCUGAGGAUGUGAGAGAGGAUGAAGAGUAUCAGGGCCGAGUGCAGUACACACAGAGCUCCCAGAAUGACUGUAGUCUGAGAAUCACUAACCUGAGAGAGAAAGACGCUCAAACAUACAGGUUCAGAUUCUACACUAAUGAUCCUGCAGGAAAAUACACCGGAGAACCUGGAGUCUCUCUGUCUGUCACAGAUCUGAAGGUUACAGUAGACUGGUACAGCUGGAAUAAGAAGCUGAGCUGCAUCACCACCUGCACUCUGUCUAACAAACCCACUUACAUCUGGUACAAGAACGGACAGCGUGUUACUGGCCAGGACAGAAAAGAACUGGAUGUCAGCAGUUGGGGUGCAGGCAGCUACUCCUGUGCUGUAAGAGGACAUGAGGAACUUCGCUCUCCUGCUAUCUGUGUUUAUGAUGAGAAGAACUGCUGGAGUGUGACUUACUCCACCCAGACUAUCUGUGGUCUAAUUGGCUCAUCAGUGGACAUACACAGUUAUUUUACCUUCCCUAAUAAAUACAAGGCCAUGAAAAUGUUCUGGUUUAUUAAAGAGCAGGUUAAUGUUGGGCCUGUAGAUAUGAUCAAAGAUGAAGAGUAUCAGGGCCGAGUGCAGUACACACAGAGCUCCCAGAAUGACUGUAGUCUGAGAAUCACUAACCUGAGAGAGAGAGACGCUCAAACAUACAGGUUCAGAUUCUACAAUGAUGAUCAUACAGGAAAAUACACCGGACAACCUGGAGUCUCUCUGUCUGUCACAGAUCUGAAGGUUACAGUAUCAGACCCGGGCAGCGGACAAAUCGAUCUGAGCUGCAUCACCACCUGCAGUCUGUCUAACAAACCCACUUACAUCUGGUACAAGAACGGACAGCGUGUGUCUGAGUGUAAAUCUGCCUCCUGCUCUGUAGCUGCAGUCGGUGGUGCGGUCAGUUACAGCUGUGCUGUUGAAGGCCAUGACAGUCUCCUCUCUCCUCCAGUGUAUUCCCCUAUAAACACCACAGCAGUGGUUCUUUCCUCUGGAGACACAGUGGAGGGGGAUUCAGUGACUCUGAGCUGUAGCAGUGAUGCAAACCCUCCUGUUCUCACCUACUCCUGGUUUAAACAGAGUUCAGCUGCAGACACAGUGCUGAUAACAGCCCAGAAUUACAGCAUCAGUAACAUCAGCUCCCAGCACAGAGGACUGUACUACUGCACUGCUCACAACCAGCUGGGACACCACAACUCUACACCAACACACCUGGAUGUGUUGUAUUCUCCUAAAAACACCACAGCAGUGGUUCUUUCCUCUGGAGACACAGUGGAGGGGGAUUCAGUGACUCUGAGCUGUAGCAGUGAUGCAAACCCUCCUGUUCUCACCUACUUCUGGUUUAAACAGAGUUCAGCUGCAGACACACUGCUGAUAACAGGCCAGAAUUACAGCAUCAGUAACAUCAGCUCCCAGCACACAGGACUGUACUACUGCACUGCUCACAACCAGCUGGGACACCACAACUCUACACCAACACACCUGGAUGUGUUCUACCCACCACGAAACCUAUCUGUGACCGUCAUUCGAUCCGUGUCUGGUGAUAUGGGCACUUUGUUGUGCACAAGUGACUCCAACCCCAACAGCUCUUACACAUGGUACAGGAAAACAAAAGAAGGUGUGAAAUUGAUCCAAAAUGGUACCACGUUACCUUUAUCCUCAAGAGAAGAUGGAUUUCACUACUGUACAGCAAGGAAUAGAUUUGGAUCAUCUAAUUCAUCAGAAUUGCCAUAUACAUCAGAUAGCAGUGCUGUGAAAUACGUGGUCUCUGGAUUCGCUAUUGCUUUGGUUAUAUUGGUCAUUGCUGUCAUUCUGUGGAUGAGGUUUUAUGGCACAUAUUCCAACAGGACAAGAGCACCAGCACCAGCACCCACAGUCAGGAGUGAGGAGAACAACAAGAAUGACUCUGCUCCUGUAUAUGGUAAUGUCUCAGCCAUGACUUCUGACCCCACACAAACAGCCUCCCCAGAAGAUCAGGACAUGGUUCAGUACUCCAGCGUUUAUUUCCAACAGUCCCACACACAGGAAGUGCCUCUCUACUCAACCGUUCAACUGGCAAAGGCUCUCAACCAGGAAGAGGAAGUAGAAUAUGCCACGGUGAACCUCGUCAGAUCAAGAGCUGAUCGGAAGGAUGAAAUCUACAACAACCUGAAAUCCAAAGAAUAAGAAGCAUCUAAACAGACCAGAAACUUCAUCGUCUCCAGCUAAUUUCUUGUGUUAAAAUAAGAUCCAGAUAUUCUAUUCUCCAAAAAAAUAAUGUAUUAAUGAAUUGUAAUUUAUGGAAGUGAAUUUAUACAUUUAAAAAUGAAAUUCUUUUUUUUUUUAUCUCAGAUUAAACUGAAGUCUUUUUUAUAUGAAAUUCUGUGUUAUUUGAAAAUGUUUCUUUUAUAAUUUAAUGUAUUGGGAGGCUUUUAUUUUUUUUGUUUGUUUGUUUUUACCAUUUGUACGAUUAUAUUGUUUGUUAUUAGUGAACUUGCAGCCGCAUAUACAAGCAAAAUGGAGGUUUAUAAAAAAAAGUACUUACAUACAUUUAUACGACAAUUUUUGCCUAAAUGAGGUUGUGCCACAAAAGUUAAUACUGUUUGUCUGAGAUUAGAAAAUCUGACCAUCACCGCCCUCUAGUGGAUAUUUCCAAACAGAAGACGUUCAUCAGACGUUCAUCAGAUCAUAGAACUGGAUGCCUCAUUACUUUCAUUCAAUAUCUUUUGCCCUGAAUUCAGCGCAGGGCCCCAUGACAUGGUCUGGAAUAUGCAAAGGCACUAUUUUUUUUCCUGUUAUGUGCAGGGACGUGACAGAUGCUGUAGCAUUACACCAUGUUUGGAAAUAAUUCCAUCUUGGGUUUGUGUGUUAUUUGUGGCUUUCUUUAACAACAUCAUCACCUUAUUUCUCCAGACACUUGACUCCUCUGUAAGACCGGCAUCUCUGACACUAUCAGUUAAUCAGUACCCAUGAUGUUUCCUCCUCGUAUAGCUCGUUAUUCCAUGUGCAUUAUUCUAUAAUGUUAGAUAAUGUUGAUGUUCCAGCACAGUCACUUGUAUUAUUAGUUUUAUUGAGUAAAUCAUACAAAUGCCAUUUCUGACCUUUCAGACCUCGUACUAUUCAUGGUGGGAAUUAAACUGUGUAUUUAUGUAGAGUUUGUUCAGGUUGAGUUUAAAAAAUGUAAAAAAAAUUUAACUAAACUUUUCAUUGUAAAGACUUGUGUGUUAAGAGUGUUUUAGUAUUAGGACAGGGUUGCCAAGACCACCAUUUUCAUUUAUAAUUGUGCAACAUUUAAUCUGUUCAUACAGGUUAAUUUUUCCCCCAUGGAGUAAAGAUUUAACAUAUGACAUUAAUUAUAUUAUUAUUAUAUAUAUAAUUUAUAUUUCAUCAAUGAAGAAAACCAUGAAUAGCAUCAGAACCAGAGGUGUAAAAAUAAAUUAUUUUCUAUUUUCACCAGAGCGAAUGAUUUUGUUCACCAGCUGUCAAUCUUACGGUACGAUGAUGUAUUUAUAA